AUGUGCAGGGAAUUCAAGAUAUACAAGAACUCCAGAGUUUUCAAGCUCCCUGUAGGAAUUCUAGGGGACCUAACCCUGCAGUCCAUAUGGAUAGGCAUCACUACUGUCAGAAGUAUCCAUCCGUUGGUCAUCCUCCCUUCCGAGGAUCGUCUUAUCAAUUUCACUUUACAGGACAGUCGCCUGGAAGAGUUUCCUUUCCAUAUCAUCCCAAGAUUACGGAGUCUUGAGAAUCUCUGGCUCCGGAACAAUUCCUUGACCUCAGUUCCAAGUCUCCGUAGCGAGAGCCUUCAAGCAGUGAACUUGGAUUAUAAUCAGAUUGCUACUUUUGAGGAAGGUAGAUGGGUGACUCCUGAGUUGCGGGUACUUGACAUCAGUUACAAUCCGCUAUCAAGUUUCCCGUCUGCAGUGAUCAAGGAUAUGCAGAAACUAGAGAAAUUCUAUUGUUCCGGAUGCAAUCUGGGACCCACUCUUUUAAUGGGGCAGUUGGAAUUCCGCAGCAAGACCUUGAAGCUGGUGUCACUCAGGGAGAACAGCAUCUCACGACUUGAACCGGCAGCCAUUGGAGGUAUCAAUGCUGAUACGACUGUAGACCUCACCUGGAACAACAUUACCAUAUUGGAUGAGAAUGCCUUCCGACCCAUCCUGGAGAUCAUGUCCCUGGGAGAUGGAUUGCUCCUUAUAGAUUACAAUCCCAUCCACUGUGAUUGUACUUUGGAUUGGCUGGCACUCGCUCCUGCAUUGAUGAAAAAAUUGAAGGGGACGUGUACCAAUGGGACUGAUUUGAGAGAUCUGAAUCUAUUGGAUUUUCAGAGACCAUGCUGCCUGUAUCCUAACACAGUGACGAUGCCACCGUACACCAUCUUCAUCCUGCCUCUACUUUCCUUGGUGCACGGUGUUUCCAAGUCGGCAUGUCCCACAAGGCAGGACACGCGGCAAGCACAAAAGACAACAUAUGUGUAA